AUGCAUUCCUAUACUCUUAUUUUGGCCUCCCUUCCGUUCCUUGUCGCAGCAUGGGACCCUAAGCUGUGCAAUAACGCCGGCGGCUGCUCUACUUCGACCUGGCUCACUCAGAAACCUUUUACCUGCCCUGAUGGCACCAGGCAUGACAUACCUAACAUGGACCGUCUUUUGUCUGAUGUUACAGAUGGCAAAUACGACAUCGUUUCGAAAGCAAACUUCCCUACUGAAUGUUUGAACGGCGCUAAACCUGGGGCCAACGACAUACUUAUUAAACGCGCUACUAAAACUGGACAAAAUGCUUUCCUGUUUAUUAGUGGCACAUGCACUACGAAAACUCCAAACUCUAAUUGUUACGCUGCAAAUGACAACGCGCACAAAUACUCUUUGUGCCAAGUUAAAGAUUUAAGUGGAGGAGUUUGCAUCCUGAACUCUAAGGCUGGCAAGUGCGAGUCAUAUGGAUCUGCUUUACCCAAAUGUGCUGGAUGGACGCCUGCUCAGGUCGAGGUACCAUGCACAUUCACUGGUAACGCUAAUAACUGCAGAUAG